AUGCUUGGAUCAUUCGUCGAAGCAAUUAAUAGGAACAUAAUUGAUGAUGUGAUUUUAGUAUUAGCUCAAACAUCACAGGAUAGCUAUUCUUCGAUAUUAUGGUUCACAUAUUCAAACUUAAUCAAUUCUAAAAAAUGCACCACAAUUCGCUGUGCAACGGCUGAUGUAGCAUUAGCGUUAAUUAGAUAUACUUUGAACGCUAAUGAUAUCAUAAAUAAAAUAGAUUUUUUAUUAAAAGACGAAAAAGUAAAGAAAAAUUCAAAGAGUAUGAUUAAUAGUAAGAGAAAAUAUAGAGCUGCUGAUUUAAUUGAAUAUAUAUUAUAUGAUAGUAGCCUUAAUGAAGGAGUUAAUGAAGAAUUUUUAAAAGAAUGA